AUGCUGUUCGCCUGGGCCGACGAUUUCACUACUCAAAAGAAGAUUAUGGUUCUAAAGACGGAAGACCAGAUUUGGAAAUUCCUUAAGAAUAAACAGAACGUCAUACUUGUCGUUGAUCAGAUGAAUGCCCUUAAGACGAAGGGCGUUGCGAAUAAAAGGGCCGAAGGCAUACGUGAAUGGUUAAUCAGUUUCACCGCUUUCAAUAAAGGAAUCUUUAGUUCCUCUGCAAAUUCCACGACCGACCUUGAAGAGUUCCAGCACGAGAGCCCGAUCAGAGUUAUAACCACGGAAAUGGAGCAGUGGUGGAAGCAGCAUAAAGAUAUUGAUAUGGGAGAGUAUUCCUCGAAUAAGAUUGAAGACUUUACGGGCCGCAUUCCGUUGCUCUUGAAGCAAUGCGCGGUGAAGCAAUACGUGAUGCAGAAGGUGAUUAAUUUGAGGAACCCCGAACUACGCCAAAUCCAUGGUAAUUCUGUGGAUUUUACGCAGCUAGUUAAGACUGCUGCUACGAAUUCUAAAUGGGAGUGGUAUUGUAACUACGUGAGAGCUUGCGUCCGUAACGAGCCUGCCCCAGACGAAUGGAGGCAAUUCCUCGAACUGAUCGACCAUCGGUACUUUUAUCGCGAUGAGAACGACAUUGGACAUUAUACCUGUGGUUUGGUUCGUGACGCGGUAACCAACAAGCUUCUCGAGUUGGAUGUUACUUUUAUCGACAUCAACUUUCUGAAUUCAUUGCCCGACUUUAUCCAUAAUCGAUCUGUCGUCGGGUAUAUGAUGGAAUACGCCAUCCUCGCAUCCAUCCGAUCACAAGGUUUAAGGGUUGGUGAGUGGGGUAGUAAAGGUAUGGAGUUAAGCUUCUUCCAGGCUCAACCCGAUAUUCAGUUCGACAUUCGCGAUCGGCCGAUACUUUUUCGCCCUCGACAGACCAAUUACAAGACGAUCGAUGGAAUAAUUGUCUUUAUUAUGGACCCCAAGAGAACCGGUAAAAAGGAAAAGCCGACAUUACUCCUCUUCCCCCUUCAGAUCACAGUGGCCAAAAAUCACUCGAAUUCUUAUCUGGGAUUCUUGCAUGAAUACCGCCAGUGGGCUAAGCGCCAACUAUCGAAGUUUGAUAUCGAAUUAGAAUUCCUCUGGAUCACCCCAAAUAAGAGCGACUUCAUACAGCACCCACCCGAUUCACCGUGGCCUAGACAUCAAGAGCGUUAUAUUCCUUUCUCGGAGAUUAGCACAGAUAUCUGGAUUCAGUACCAAAGAGCAGAGAAAGCCAAAAAAGAGAAAGGAGGAUGCAGGUCCAGAAUAAUCGGAAGGUUACUGAUUUCGCUUUCGUGGUCAAUGUCGUCAUCCCUUAACAGCAGUGCUGCACACUCGCGAGUGGCUUAG